UGGCUCCUCCACUCAAACACUAAAAAUGAGGGCUUCAGUGAUUGUUAUGAUUACAUGGCAGAGCCCGAAUUCGACUGGAAGCCCAGGACCUUAGAGCUUGAACUCUCACCCCUAGCUUUCCCCCAGUGUAGUCCGUGUACUACCCCAGGCCUCGGCAGUUGGGGUAUGGGGACCCUGCCGCUCAUUGGGAGGGCCCUGGACUCUGGGCUGCCCUCUAGAAAGUGGGGUUCAGGCCAGGGAAGCACCCUACACACCCCACCCCACUGAGGAAGGAGGGCUAUCUUCUGAGGGGGCCUCUGACAGACAGCAGGUACUGUGACACAUACUGAGUCCUCAAAGCCACAGAUUAAACAGAUGCCUCUUCCUAGGGUGCCAAUUUUAAUAUAUAGGGUCUGAGCAGUUAAGGGAAGUAGGCAAUUUAAAAAAUUCUUUUAUAGUGAAACCAACUUCAAAGUAUCAGAGAGCCCAAUGAAGAAGUGGCCUCUGUUUUUAGGGUGAAUUAUCUGUGCCCAGGACCCAGAGUGCUUAUUCACUUGUCCUUCCUUAAUCACAGCCAGGGGGCACUUCCAGGAGGUUUCAGGACCUGCCUGUGACUGUUCCCUUUACCACCCUGUAGCAGAAGGUUGGAGACUCAGGUCACACAGACUGGAGGUAGCAGAACCCAGAUCCUCACUCAUUGAUCCCAGGUCUCAGCACUUGCCACUGCACCACCCUGACACCUCCCCGCCCCUUGAGAUACCAAUUGAGAAAGCCACAGGCCCCUCCCAUACAGGGGAGAUGGGCUGUGGCAGGUCUCAGGCCAGGUGAGAGAGAAGGUGGACAGUUACUACAGGGAAUGCCCCUGUACUGGACUUUCAAGAAUCCAUGAGCUAGACGUGAUCCAUCCUCUCAAGUGACUGUCUUAGUCAGAGUGUGUUUGGCUCUGAGGAGCAGGAAGCUACUGAAUCUUGCUCAAAUCAAAGGAUUUUUGCUGAAAGAUGCAGCCCACUGCCUCCAGGGUAACCAAGGGUGUCAGGGAAAUGGAAGUUGGGGCUCAAGGCUUUGUCACCUCCACUAUCCUCAGGCCUCUUCUGUGUCCUCUCCCUCAGUCAGCUUCCUCUGAGUAUGACCCCAGCAGUGACCCUGCCACCUUUCAGUUCAAGUCCCUAGCCCCUUCUUAUUUUCUCAGCCUGUGUCCCAAAGCCUGGAGACACAGGUCUGACUAGCACAGUCCACCUAUGGACACUGGGUUAGGUGUUUAGUCUGGCACAAUUAGAUGGGACCCUGAGAAUGGGUGUGGGUGAGAGGGUAGUCACGUCUGGUGCAGGCCCUCACAGUAAGAGUCUGCUAAACAGGCCCUCCCUGGGGUCCAGGAACCAGGAUUGUGUCUAGCCUGCGUUUAGAUCUGAUUGACUCCAGACAAGUCACUUCCCCUCUCAGCCUGUUUCCUAACUCAGCUAUGGGAUAGCACCUUGGCUUACAUAGCAUGUUUAUACCUGUGAGCUCAUCAUAGAUCACAGGUAGGGAAACUGAGGCCCCAGGAGUGAAGUAAUUUGUCUAGGGACAAGUAAUUUGUAAUUUGUCUACAGUCCAGUUGCUGAAAAUGAGUCCUUCUCCCCUCCUGGUGCCUCCCAGAAUCCCUCCCCAAGUCACUCAAAAGGCAGCACUCAAAUCUGGGGCAUUUGGAAACUUGUGGGCAAGGGUAGGGUGCUCUGGGCUGCUCUGGGCUUUCAUGUGGACCCCAAAGAGUGAGAGGAAGCCCGCUGCUGCUCUCCAUGAAGAUGGGCACCCCACUCCCCAUUCUCCCACAAGGGAAUAACCUGUGGAGAGCCCAGGAUAAAAACUGGGGCUCUGGAGCCAGACAGACCUUGUCUAAAUCCCACUCCACAACCCUGGGCACAUUGACUCCUUCCCCUCACCAAGCUCUCUGCAGCAUCCAGCUCCAGGGCUAACUGUGCAGUGGGUGGGUGGAGCCUCUGUACCCAGGCAGCCCCUGGUGUUAUGUCUUUCUGCAUGCACCCUGGCCCUUCUGGACUCCCAUCUGGAAUUAUCUGCUGGGUCAUUUGCUUUGGGUUCUGCCCUCAGCCUCCCUCCCCCUGCCUCCACCCCCAAGUGUGCAGCUCUCUCCAUCCCACCAAGUCACCCAGGCCUCAUAUUGGUUAAUCCUCAUUCCUCAUAGCCCACCCCUCACUAGGCUGGGUAAGCGGGAGCAGCUUUGUGGCAGUCCUGCAGGAGGUAUAGACAGAUUUUCACUGCCACCACUCCUUGCCAGCUCAGCUCAGCGUGGAAGUUAGAGUGUUUAUUAUUUUUAAAAAUUAUUAUUAUUGUUAUUAAAGGAAACUUGCUGGAAACUGACAGAAUCCCACAAAGAAUAUAACUCUUAGGGGGCCCUGAUUCCUCUUAUUCAGGAAAUGUAGGGGGAGGGGCAUGCCGCCUUGGCUGCCUCAGUUUCCCUCCCACAAUCCCUUCUGGUGAAACCCUGUCUUUAUACCCUCAUAUUUUGGACUUUGGCCUGGAAAUCCCCUGCCAUACAGUUUAGGCGCCAGAAGGCGUCAGAAUCACCAAAGGCAAAUGUAAAAACGCAGAUUCCUAAGCCCAUCAUAGAGUGUCUCCAGUGAGACUGGGACUUUUAAAUCAGAGUCCAAGGAUUGUAUGGGGUUGGGGGACACUUGCAGCCAUUCCGCAGUCUGACCACCAGAGGGCGCCUCAGACAGGCCUAAGUGGCCGCCCUUAGAGGUCUUAUUCCUCCAGAGGUUGCUGUUAUCAAAGACAGACUAGGGGUGGGCCGUGUCCAGUGGGUAGGAGCUUCCUCAGAGAAAGAAGCCCGACGUCAGGAAAGAGGCUGGCAGCCGGCACUGAGCACCUGUUUGGGAGCUCAGAGAGGCCAGGGCCGGGACUCGAAUCUGUAUCAGCUUGUGCUGACCUGGGGCAUCCGUCGUUCAGAUGGGAAACCCCAUUCCCAAGAAAAGGCAAGGGCUUGGUGGCAGCUGCUCUGCCUCCCAGCCUACCCAGGGCUCUUUCUCCUGCCAGGGCUGAGGGCAGAGAGUGGAACACCAGAAAGUUCAGUUGUGACUCAGCUCUGAGUGCCGGGGGAUGGAACAGGGGCUGCUGGCCAGGGACGGAUGCUAGCCAAGCGGUACCCUCCUUCCGGAACUGUGGUGGCCUUGAUGAUUCAGCUUCCCUCCGCCUGCCUCGAGGGGCCCGCCUUGGCCUAGGAGAGGGAGGAGGUGCUGGGACUAGGAGGGGCUUUAAGGGGCCCGUGGUCCAACUCUUCUGGAUGCUGAGGUCCCAUGGGAUAACUGUGGUCAGAGAUCGGAUGGUUCAGAGACAGGCCCUGGGAUAGGGGUCCCUGGAGAGGGGUCGGGGGUGGGGGUCCAAUAAAAUGGAGUCUCCUGUGAAGAUGGGAGUUUUUUAUCGGGCUCUCAGAAAAAUUCCCCACUCUUCCACCUUGAUUUGGUCUCUAUGAGGACUCGCCUUGGCUCUGGGUGGGGAGGAGCCCAUCACCCACGAAUGGGGUGAGGGGGGACAGACAGGCUGAUCACUAAAGCUGGAGGAGGCGGGGUCAGCCAAUGGAAGGAAUGCAAAGCCGACCCAGGAGGGGCUGAGAAUGGCCGGCGUGGGGGCGGAGCGAGACAUCCUCCGUGGCUCCGGGGGCGGGGCCGGAGGCUCAGCCCAACUUUCCGGGUGGAGAGCAGGCUGUGGCGGCAGAGGCGGAGCCAAGAGCUCCGGGCCUCGCCCCGCGGGCGGGGCUGGAGCUGGAACCGGGCGGGAGCUGCUGCCGGAGUCACAGCCACAGCCGCAGCCGGAGCCGCAGCCGCAGCCGGAGCCGCCUGUAGCCGGAGCUGGGGGGCAGGCCCUGCUCGAGCCGAGCCGAGCCGAGCGAGCUCUCCGUGCGGGCCGGCGUGUCAGCCGCAGGGCCUAGGCACUGUCAGAGGCAGCGAGCCACGACCACUGGGCACCACCGAACACCACUGGGCACCACCGGACACCGCUGGGCGCGGGAGCCUGGAUCACCCCUGCCAGGCCUGGGCACGGCCUUAACAAUCAAGAGAUCCUGAGUGUGGACUGUAGAGGCAAAGGAAGGAAGAUUCCAUCCAAGCAUAGCGUGGGCACUAGGCGAGGAGAAGAGUGGAGACUUCACCAGGCUCUGGGCAGAGGUGCCCGGAGCUUACUAGUCCAGGCUUGAGCACCAGAGAGCCUGGCAUCACAGGAACCACAACUUGGGUUCUGUCCUGCCCGGGCUGAGAACAGAGCAUAUAGCUCUUGGACCUCACUGGCACAGGCGUGACAAAAGAAGCGGUUUUCUCACCUGUCUGAGAAGAAGGCCGGGAUCUGAGGAUCCAGGAUCUGGUCUGGUCCUAAGGAGGGCUCUCUGGUGGCCCAGAACUGGUCACUGAGAGCUCGCCUCCUGCCCCAGCCCCACUGGUACGGAUGUGCCGCUGUCCUCUGGAGCAACAUGACGGAAGGAUGACCUCUGUUGAGGCAGUGGCAGUGGCUGGCAGUGCUCUGGUGGCUGGGUCCCCCGAGUGGCCCCACGCUACCCCCCACACUCUCGGGGUGCCUGGCCGGACCCGGGUGGCCAUAGCAGCAUUGGUAUGGCUGCUGGCGGGAGCCAGCAUGUCCAGCCUCAACAAGUGGAUUUUCACAGUGCAUGGCUUUGGGAGGCCCCUACUGCUAUCAGCACUGCACAUGCUGGCAGCAGCACUGGCAUGCUACCGGGGGGCACGGCACCCCAUGCCCCGUGGUACGCACCGGCAAGUGCUGCUGCUCAGCCUUACCUUCGGAACCUCGAUGGCCUGCGGCAACGUGGGCCUGAGUGCUGUGCCCUUGGACCUGGCACAGCUGGCCACUACUACCACACCACUGAUCACACUGGCCCUGUCAGCGCUGCUGCUCGGCCGUCGCCACCACCCACUGCAGUUUGCUGCCAUGGGCCCACUCUGCCUGGGGGCUGCCUGCAGCCUGGCUGGUGAGCUCCGGACACCUCCCGCUGGCUGUGGUUUCCUGCUGGCGGCCACCUGCCUCCGUGGCCUCAAGUCCAUUCAGCAGAGUGCCCUGCUGCAGGAGGAGAGGCUGGAUGCAGUGACCCUGCUGUACGCCACCUCCCUGCCCAGCUUCUGCCUGCUGGCAGGUGCGGCCCUGGUGCUGGAGGCUGGUGUGGCACCGCCGCCUGCUCCCACUGACUCCCGCCUCUGGGCCUGCAUCCUGCUUAGCUGCCUCCUGUCCGUGCUCUACAACCUGGCCAGCUUCUCCCUGCUGGCCCUCACCUCUGCUCUCACCGUCCACGUCCUGGGAAACCUCACUGUCGUGGGCAACCUCGUCCUGUCCCGGUUCCUGUUUGGCAGUCGCCUCAGCUCCCUCAGCUAUUUUGGCAUUGCACUCACCCUUUCAGGAAUGUUUCUUUACCACAACUGCGAGUUCGUGGCCUCCUGGGCUACCCGCCGGGGCUUCUGGCGGAAGGACCAGACUGACAAGGGUCUUUGAGACCUAGAAGAGCGCAUGAGCCACCUGGAACAGCCCCAGCCUGAAUCCAACCUUGGCCAGUGGCCAUGGGAAAAGUGGAGAGCAGGUGGCUACUGGAACCAUGGGAGAGACAGGUGUCUUCGGGAAAGGCCACCUUGAAGGCUGAAAUGGGGCCUCCCAGAGAGACCCACCUGUCCCUGCCUGUCUCUCCUCAUCACAGACCCCACUCACCACUGGAUGGUGGGUCCGAGCCUGGCACGCUCACUGUGCUUGUCAGAGUAAUUAUUAUUAAUGUCAACCACUAUGCUGAAAAUUGCUGGCCAAAUUUUGAGAACCUCACCGUGUUCUGAUGACAAUGAUGAUUCUUGGCAGUUGCACAAUCCUUCCUCCACGAAGUGGGGGAGGCAGCUAGAGGGCCCAGAGAGGGGCUUCUUUGUUGCUGGGCUCCCCCAGGGAGGUGGGUUCCUCUGUGCCAACUCCUGGCAGCUGCUGUGGCCUCACUCCUGGGCCCCCCCAAUUUUGGAUCUUCCGUCCUCAAAUAAACUAUUUUUGCUUGUA